AUGUUCAAAAAUGUUGAUCACAGUCACAGUCACAACCACAGAUCAUCUCGUCCGAGACUAGCUCGUACUUUCAUUUUGUGUAUUUCCAUAUUGGUGUUGUGUCUGACCGUGUGGAUGGAACAACAUCAUCACUCUGUGAGUGCAACAACGAGUGAAUGCAGACAUCCUGACGAACAAAAAAUUAGCAUUUCCAAAAGACCUACUCUUUUAAAUUACGAUGUCACUCUCUCACAGGAAGAAUCUUUGGAUGAGUCUAUUGUUCAAGAAUUUGCAGAUACCCUCAAAUCUGGUGGACGUGGUGGUGGACGUGGAGGAAAUGGAGGCCGAGGAGGAGCUUCAGGAAGAAGUGGUCGUGGUGACACUGGUAAAAGUGGUGCUGGACGUUCAUCCGGAAGAGCAGGAAAAGGAGGAAGUUCCGCUGGAAGAGCAGCAUCAGGAAGAACAGGACGUAGUGCCUCCUCUCGAAGCAGUCGAGCUUCUGCAAAGACCUCCAGCAAGUCAAAAGCAUCCUCUAAAGCCUCUUCUAAAGGUAAAGCGAAAGGACAAGCCAAAGGUAAAUCGAAUAGCACAUCGAGAGGUAAAUCAAGAAGCAGAUCCAAAGGGAAAAGCAAAUCAAAGAGCAAGUCCAAGAGUAAGGCAAAGAGGAAAAGUAAGACCAAAGCAAAAGUAGAAAAGAAACCAGCACCAGUGGUGAAACCCGUGGUUGUGAAGAAACCAGCACCAGUCGUCGUGAAACCUGUACCACCCAUGACUGCUACCAAAGACGCCAAAGGUGAAACAAGGAGUGCUCGAUCCAGCCUAUCUAGAGAGGCCAAUAGAAAUGUACAUUCUAAUCCAAAUCAUUUCCAUGUGACUGGACCAACCGAUCGUGCUUUAGUGGAUCGACAAUUCUUCACUGGACACCGUUCCACCGAGUGUGUGGCUUGUCAGUUGGACUGUUUAACAGCAGGAUCCGUGUUUGCUUCAUGUGAAAAACGAUUUUAUUAUUAUGGAUGCCAACAAAAAGCCCCAUGUUACAAUGUAAGAUCUGGAAGAACGAUUGUGGAAACUGCCAUUGGAAUUUGUAUUGAUAAGAAUGGAUGUGUGUUGAAACCUACUGGUCUUGAUCCAAAGAACGGAAAGUUAAUAUUGGACACUAUUGUUCACAGAGCUACUAGUGAUGUUUCUGUCAUUAAUUAA